AUGUCAGACUACAACAACUUAACAGAGGACGAAGAGAAACGUCACCCUGUAACUCCUUACAUAUCUAGUCAUCUCUCUCGCACUUUUUGGUUCCAGAACGAUGACGAUGCCGUAACUACCGGAGAGGAUUGGCAGGCAAGCCGCCACAAACUGCACUGCUUUUACACGUCACCACACUUCUACUACUCGAUCACAAUCCUCCUGAUUCUCAGCGUCUGCAUAAUCCAAUUCACCUCUCAACAUCACCUCCGCUCUUAUCUGCCCCCUUCCGACGGACCGAGCCCGCUGUGCGGUUCCUCGCCAGAGGAAGCUCGUGCAAUAGGCUGUACUUUUGAUGUUUACGUUAAUGGCUGGCUUCCCGCUGCAUGUUACGACCGUGCGGUUGCGGAGCAGUCCGAAUCCAACUCCAGCGAUCUACAUACUUCCGCAACAGGGAGGACGACGUUUCCCGUCUACUGGGACGAGGGUAUGACCGAGCCGGCAACUCUCGAAGAUGUCAUGCUUGCCGCGUUUGAGAAUGGCGAAGACGGCUACAACGUUCGUUUUCACACCGUGUGGGAAUAUCACCGGGCGCAUUGCCUGCACUUGUGGAGGCUUGCUGCGAGCGCGUUGCAGCGGCUGUCCGAAGGCAAGCGGGAUGUUGGGGUCUAUUACAAAGCUGCCAGCCCCGAGCAUGUCUGGCACUGCAACAAAGUGAUAAUUGAGGGGGAUGCCAGGAGCCCUGAGAAAAAGGACACCAUCACUCCGGGCAUUGGUCGCUGCGUGUGGCUGGGUAACCUUGAAAAUGUUGCCUACCGGUAG